AUGCUUGGAAAUUCUGUGGUGGUUGGAUUCGAUGACAUCUAUUCAGCAGAAGACGAUCCAUUUUAUGAAAAUGUUUUACUCAAGCAGCGUCUUCUUCAUCCACAACAUGUAUUUGAUUAUAUAGCAAAUCAAAAAUUGAAAGGAGAAUUAAUGCGGUUCAAUCACAGUCAUUCAGGUGGCAUGAUCAUGAUGGAAUCUAUCUGUGAACAUGUUGAAAUCGAGUGA